UCUUUUUAUCUAUAUAUCUACGUAUAUGCUGUCAUCAUAUCAUAUUUGAUAAAUAAAGCUUCCGCGCGCUGAUAAACUGUAUGACAUUGAAAUCUGAAUACUUACUUUAAAACAUUUAUCAUAAGCACUUUUUAUUGGGCAAUGUAACGUCGAUCGAGUUAGGCAGAUGCCAGGAAAAGGCCUGCUACUCCUACUUUUGGAUUAGGGUUUCUAUCAGCGUACGCCAUUUCAUUUUCUUCUUUCCAGAAAACGCCUUCUACCUCUUUCAAUAUCGUGCAUUUCAAUUCCUAGUUGAAAUUUUCGCGCUCUCGACAAGCAUUUUGAAGUGUAUGUGCUUAUUGUUGGCAUCAAUGGCAGAAAAGGGGCAAGGACGGGCGAUUGGGAUCGAUUUGGGGACGACGUAUUCGUGUGUGGCAGCGUGGCAGCACGAACGCGUUGAGAUUAUAGCGAAUGAUCAGGGAAAUCGCACCACGCCGUCUUACGUCGCCUUCACCCACUCCGAGCGUCUCAUAGGAGACGCCGCCAAGAAUCAAGUCGCCAAUAAUCCCAUUAACACUAUUUUCGAUGCUAAGAGGCUGAUCGGUCGUAAUUUCAACGACCCAACGGUUCAGAGUGACAUGAUACUUUGGCCAUUCAAGGUCAUUGCUGACCCCACCAACAAGCCUAUGAUAGUAGUAACAUACAAAGGAGAGGAGAAGCAAUUUGCAGCUGAGGAGAUCUCCUCAAUGGUGCUCACCAAGAUGAAGGAUGUCGCCGAGGCAUAUGUUGGAGAGACGGUGAACAAUGCCGUCGUCACCGUGCCUGCUUAUUUCAAUGACUCUCAGCGUCGUGCAACCAAGGAAGCGGGAGUCAUUGCCGGUCUUAAUGUUAUGAGGAUCAUCAAUGAGCCUACUGCUGCAGCCAUCGCAUACCUUGUGGAUAAACGAGCUACGAUCCAUGGGGAAAAAAAUGUGCUCAUUUUCGACCUUGGUGGUGGCACGUUUGAUGUGUCUUUGGUGACGAUUAAGGCUGCAGGUACUUUACAAGUGAAGGCUGUUUCUGGAGAUACUCAUCUUGGAGGCGAGGACAUGGACAACAGGAUGGUGAAUCACUUCAUCAAAGAGUUCAAGCACAAGAAGAAUAAAGAUAUUAGUGAGAAUCCAAGAGCUAUUAGGAGAUUAAGGAGUGCUUGUGAAAGGGCCAAGAGAAUCCUUUCCUCCACCGUCGAAACCCAUAUUGAGAUUGAAUCAUUGUUUGAGGGGUUUGAUUCCAUUUCGACUAUCACUCGUGCUAAAUUUGAGGAACUUUGCAUGGAUUUAUUCAACACAUGUAUAGAGCAGGUUAAGGUGUGUUUGCAGGAGGCAAAGAUGGAGAAGAGCAGCGUCCAUGAUAUUGUGUUGGUGGGCGGGUCGAGCAGAAUUCCCAAGAUCCAGCAGAUGUUGCAGGAGUUGUUCGAUGGGAAAAAGGUGUGCAAGAGCAUUAACCCGGAUGAAGCUGUGGCUUAUGGCGCUGCCGCGCUUGCUGCUCAAUUGAGUGGUGAAGGCGAUGAUAAGGUGCGAGAAUUGGUUCUUUUGGAUGUUACUCCGUUGCCCCUUGGUAUUGGACUUGAUGGAGAUUUGAUGGCCGUGUGUAUUCCGAGGAAUACACCUAUCCCAACAAGGAAGGAAAGAAAAGAUGUCUUCACAACGAAGGACAAUCAGACUAGUGUUUCAUUUCCGGUGUACGAGGGGGAAAGAAGCAGGGCAUCAGACAACAAUCUGCUAGGGAGAUUCACGCUCACAGGCAUUCCAGCGGCUCCCCGGGGUGCAAUUUGUUUCAAUGUGUGCUUCGACAUUGAUGCGAAUGGUAUCCUGAACGUGUCGGCGGGAGAGGCAACGAGUGGACAGAAUAACAACAUCACCAUCAACAGCUACAUGGGUAGGCUGUCCAAGGAGCAAAUAGAGAAGAUGGUUGACGGGGCUGACAAGUACAAGAGGGAAGAUGAGGAGCAUAAGAAGAAUGUUGCGGCCAAGUAUGCCGUGGAGGACUACGCCUACAACACGAGGAACGCCAUCAGAUGUGCAGCCAAGCUCACAGAAGACGACAAGAAGAAGAUGGAAGAUGCUUUCAAGUCUUUUAUACAAUGGUUGGGCUCAAACAAACUUGCAGAAGCUGAUGAUUACAAAAAUAAGAUGAAGGAGCUCAAGACCAUUUUCAAUCCCAUCAUUGCCAAGAUGGAUUAAGAAUGAAACUUGAGAGUUUGGUUUUGUUCCUUUUUGCCUGUAUGUGUCUGCCAUGUAACUUAAGGACCCAUUUCACUCACUAUAUCAGACUUUAA